CCUCUUUGUUCUUCAGAGUUGGAUAUUUAUCUCUCUUUCUCUCCUUCAGUGAGGUAAAGGAUCCUGCUUUAUUGCCCAAACGAGGGAGAAGAAGCUGAGGGAGAGAUGGAGAUGGAAGAGCUGUGCAGGGAGCUGCCAAAAAUUGAGCUUCACGCCCACCUCAAUGGCUCUGUCAGGGACUCCACUCUUCUAGAGCUUGCGAAAGUUCUGGGCGAGCAAGGUGCUAUUGAUUUCUCUGAGGUGGAGGGUCUGAUAAAAAGGAGAGGCCGGUCUUUAAAAGAGUGUUUCCGACUUUUCGAUAUAUAUCACAAAAUUACAACUGAUCAUGCAACUGUGACAAGAAUCACACAGGAAGUUGUUGAAGAUUUUGCAGCUGAGAAUGUUGUUUAUUUGGAGCUAAGAACAACACCAAAGCAAAACAAGGCGAAGGAAAUGACCAAGCGUUCCUACGUGGAAGCAGUUAUUGAUGGUUUAACAGCCGUCGACAGUGUUGAAGUUGCUUUUCUUCCUUCCACCGUGAAUGCUAGAAAUUUAACAAAUUUUCUACCAAAUGAAGUUACAUAUAAUCAAACUCAAAGAAAGAAAAUAUUUGUUCGCCUUCUACUGAGUAUUGACCGUCGUGAGACAACUGCAGCAGCAAUGGAAACAGUCAAUCUAGCAUUGGAAAUGAAAGACAAGGGAGUAAUUGGAAUCGAUCUUUCUGGUAACCCGGAAGUUGGAGAAUGGCAAACUUUCCUACCAGCUCUGCAAUAUGCUAAGCAAAAGGGGCUUCAAGUUACUCUUCACUGCGGAGAGGUACGUAACAACAGAGAAAUACAUUCAAUGCUGGACUUCUAUCCUCAGAGGAUUGGGCAUGCUUGCUACCUGGAAGAGGAACACUGGGAAAAGUUAAAAGUCUCAAAAAUUCCAGUUGAGAUAUGUUUGACAUCCAAUCUCCGAACUGAACGCAUCACUUCAUUCAAAGAGCAUCAUUUUGCUGAUCUUUACAAAGCAAAGCACCCGGUAUCGCUAUGCACUGAUGAUGUCGGAUUGUUUUCAACCACUCUGUCAAAUGAGUAUUAUCUUGCUGCUUCCACAUUCGAGUUCAACAAGGAACAAGUGUACCAGCUAUCUCGAAAUGUCAUUGAAUUCGUGUUUGCUGAUGAUGAAGUGAAGAGAACUCUUGCAGAGAUUUAUGAUGCAGCUGAGAGGAGAUUCAUACUGUGAGUCAUUACUAGGCAAUGAAAAUAAGAAAGAAAAAGUCAGGUUUGCUAAUGAUAUUUUUUGUGGGUCCUAUAUUGCUUCACAAAUAGAAGAGAGUUAUUAGCUAAUAGCAGCCUAGCAGGGCUCAAUAUGUUUUAAUUGGCUGAUCUGAAAAAUUAAGGAUGUUCUGAUUCCUUUUGGACUUAUCUCAUUGAAGAAUAUUAUUAUAAAGCAAACUAUAGUUUGCUUGCACUUUAUGCUUAUGAAAGCACACCA